GAGGCUUGUUUGACCACACUUUAAACAGCAUAAGCUCAAGGAUAACACAAAGGAGGCUACAAGGGACUUGUCCAUUCGUCAGUCGUGGAAAUUUUGGAAAACCUUCCUUGGGUGCAAACAGUUAUAGUUCCCCAUUUUUAAACCCCAGGAAUGGUUUUCACACUAUCCAUUCAGAGAAUAGCCCUGUAAAGCCGAGGAUUGUUACUGUGGUGAAACCAAGUGGACACACACUCAGGAAGAUCACAUUGCUUCUGAACAGGCGAUCUGUACAGACUUUUGAACAGCUGAUGGCUGAUAUAUCAGAAGCUCUGGGAUUUCCACGUUGGAAAAAUGAUCGUGUGAGAAAACUUUACAACUUGAAAGGCAGAGAAAUAAGAAGUGUUUCUGAUUUCUUCAGAGACGGUGACGCAUUCAUUGCUAUGGGAAGGGAACAGUUGACAUUGAAGAACCUUGAAGUGGUAAUGCAAGAACUUUUUCCAGGUAGCCCAUAUGCUGUUGGUAUAAUUCAACAAAACUUGGAACAGUCCCAAAAACUUAAGAGCAGGCUGUGUGACAAAGCUGUGGAUAGUGACUUUGAUGUGAUGGAGAUGGUCAAGAACUGCAAUGAUGCCAUAUCUUCUCAACUCGGAGCCAGGCAUGAAGGCAAAAUUCAACCUAAGACCAGACAAGAAGAAAAGGUGAAGGCCAAAAAAAAAUGGGGCAGAGACAGUUGGGGCAGAGAGCAAGAUACGAAGCCACCUAGAAAAGCCAGAGAAGCAGAAAGGUACUUUAAUCAAGAGAAAAGUCUUGAGGAUGAAACAGAAAAGAGUUCAGAUGAGAUAAUGAGAUGUGAGAAAUGUCAAAGGGAGAGACAGCUCAGGCAAAAACUACAAAGGGAAAGGCAGGCUGAUAUCUCAUUUGAGAGCAGAGACCUGAAUAUGGGAAUGUGUCGGAGAUAUAAUUUAGAAAGGAAUGUAAAAAUGAGGAAUUGCAGGAAGUCUUCAGAAAACUCUAUAGAAGGUAAGGAAGUUGAAUGGAAGGAUACUGGCUGUAGAAGGAGCUGGAAACCUUUACAAAGGAAUGUUAAUGAAGAGCUAGAAAACCAAAAAAGGAGUUUUGAGAAGGAAAGGAAUCCGGAAAGGCAUGAGAAUCAUGACAAAGAGUUAGUAAAGAUAAAGAAAAAUACUGUGGAAGCUCUGCAGAUGGCUCCUGAAGCAAAGAAAGAGAAUAGAAGCAGUUCCAGAAUUAAUCAAAGUUGUUGGUUAAUGAAGGACUGUCAAGGAAAUACAGGGAAGCCCAUAAAAGUAAAGAGAGAGGGCAAAGAGGUGCGGAAAGGAAAAGAAGAAAGUGCUGUAGGGGAAGAGAAUGUAGCAUGUGGAGAGAAUGAAUUGACAAGGAUGAAAAAGAUGGGAGAACCUAAAGCCAACAAAGAUGAAAACAAGCCACAAGAAUUUGAAAGCACGAGGCUGAGGCAAAAUAUCCAUACUAGAGCUGACGUGGAGAGCUAUUAUGAGAUAGGCAGAACCAUUGGGGAUGGAAACUUUGCUAUUGUGAAGGAGUGCUGGUGCUGCGACACCAAUCAGAACUAUGCCAUGAAAAUUGUUGAUAAGUCCAAGCUGAAGGGGAAGGAGGACAUGAUGGAAAAUGAAAUUUUGAUCAUUAAGAGCCUUUCUCAUCCCAACAUAGUGAGUUUGAUUGAGGUGUAUGAAACUGAGACUGAGAUCUAUCUAAUCCUGGAGUAUGUCCCAGGAGGGGACCUAUUUGAUGCAAUCAUAGAGAGCGUAAAGUUCACUGAGCAUGAUGCUGCUCUCAUGAUAACUGAUCUGUGUGAGGCUCUGGUUUAUAUUCAUGGCAAGAACAUUGUCCACCGAGAUCUGAAACCAGAAAAUCUUCUGGUUCAGCAUAAUGCAGAUAAAUCUACUACGCUGAAACUAGCAGAUUUUGGCCUUGCAAAGAAGGUUACGAAACCCAUAUUUACUGUGUGUGGAACACCAACAUAUGUUUCCCCUGAAAUACUUGCUGAGAAAGGCUAUGGACUGGAAGUAGACAUGUGGGCUACCGGUGUGAUACUCUAUAUUCUGCUGUGUGGCUUCCCUCCUUUCCGAAGUCAGGAGCGAGAUCAGGAAGAACUGUUUCAAAUCAUACAGCUGGGUCACUAUGAAUUCCUUUCACCAUACUGGGACAGUAUUUCUGGUGCUGCGAAAGAUCUGAUAACCAGGUUGUUGGUGAUAGAUCCUCAAAAGCGCUACACGGCUCAACAAGUUCUUCAGCAUCCCUGGAUCAGAACAGCUGGAAAAACCAACAGCAGAAACCUACAGAGGGAAGUGACAAUCAAUAUCGAGCGCCACUUCCGGAGCCAGCGCAGGAAGGGAGUUGUAGAUGACGACACAUGAAACCCCUUCUUGUUAAUCUAGUCCUCUUUGUUUUUUCCUUUCCUAAUUGAAUUGGGCCCAUAGCUUGUUGUUGUUGUUGCUUGACCUUUUUCAGGU